CAAACUGCAAUUAAAGCCGUCGUUUCGUUUCAUUCAACAAAAUUCAAAACACGCAGACGCUAAUUUGUGAAAAGAACAGAAAAAUUGAUUCUUUCUUCUUAAAGAAACAAGCUGUGGUGUUCGUUUCGUUGGGUCGCUCAAAGACCAAAGAAAUUGGUAUGCUCGAUCUAUGCUGGAAAUCUAUUAUGUUUGCUACGAACCUGAUCCAGCAUUGAAAAUUGGAUGUUGCCAGAUUUCGCCUAUUAUAUAUACCCCAUAAUUACAAGAUCCACCUUGACGCCGGUAGCAUCCGGUGGCCUUUCCAAAGAGCUCACUCAUGACAGCACGUGCAGGAACACCCUUACUGAGUGCAUGAACAUGAUCCCUAUAGGUGCUGACGACAGCGUCUUGUUUCUUAAGAAGCUUAAUGAAUCCAGUUGGGACAGCUUCUUGGUCAUUGUACAAGUGAACAAAACCAAACAUUUUGCCUCUGUAAUACAUUUGGGCACACAUGUUUUCAACAACCCUAUGAACAGAAAAACUCAUUCUUUCUUCUUAAAGAAACAAGCUGUGGUGUUCGUUGGGUCGCUCAAAGAUCAAAGAAAUUGGUAUGCUCGAUCUAUGCCGGAAAUCUAUUCUGUUUGCUACGAACCUGAUCCAGCAUUGAAAAUAGGAUGUUGCCAGAUUUCUCCUAUUAUACCCCAUAAUCACAAGGGGAAUAAAAUUCCAGCCUUUAAGGGAAUAAAAGUUUCCCAGUAA